GGAAUCGUAUUUUUUUUUAGUCUUUUUUUAUGUAUGAUCAUCAUUCAUUGAAUUUACAAUUUACAUCGCAUAAUCUUUUUAUUGGUUUGAUAUACCUGCUGUUGCUGUCGUUGUUGCCGACUGGAUUUUUAUCAUCAUCAUCAUCAUAGUCUUCGUCAUUAUUAGAGUGUUGUGUUGUCGUGGCAUUUAUUCUCUCAUUCAUUGUCUUUUGGUUCUUUCGAUCACGUUUUGUGUUUAAGGUUUAUUGUGAUUAAAUUGUCAACAAAAAACAAACGAUAAAAUAAUGAUGUUUAGAUAUGUAUUGGCCAGCAUAUUUUUGGCAACAAUCAUUCAUUAUACAAAUGCUUCCGAUGUUCUUGAUUUAACUCAAGAAGAUUUCGGUUCAGCCAUUCAACAACAUGAUACAAUAUUGGUUAAAUUUUUUGCACCUUGGUGUGGCCAUUGUAAACGUUUAGCACCUGAAUAUGAAUCGGCUGCAGCCAAAUUGAAAAAUAAUGAUCCACCAAUACCAUUAGCAAAAGUUGAUUGUACUACUGAUGAAGGUAAAGAUGUUUGUAGUAAAUAUGGUGUUAGCGGCUAUCCUACAUUGAAGAUAUUCAAAAAUGGUGAAUUUUCAUCCGAAUAUAAUGGUCCACGACAAUCCGAUGGUAUUGUCAAAUAUAUGCGAUCAAAAGUUGGCCCUGCAUCACGUUUAUUCUCGGAUAAAUCAUCAUUGGAAUCUGCCAUGGAAAAGGCAACCGACGUUAUUGUUUUAGGCGUUUUUGAAAAAGAUGGUUCUUCUGAUAUGCAAACCUCAUUCAUGAAAUCUGCCGAUAAACUUCGUGAAAAUGUCUAUUUCGCUCAUGUAUUUCAAAGCGAUGUGGAAGAUGUUUACAAAGUUGAUCGAUUGGCCAAAUUAGAUGAACAAAUUCGUUUGAAUUCAAACAAUGUUCUCGUUAUCCGACCAAAAUUUUCGAAAAAUAAAUUUGAAUCCGAUAUCGUUGCUUAUUCUGGCAGUGGAGAUUUAACGGAAUUUAUUCGUUCAAAUUUUCAUGGUCUUGUUGGACAUCGUACACAAGAAAACAUGGGCGAUUUCAAACCGCCAAUGAUUGUCGCUUUUUACGAUGUUGAUUAUGUGAAAAAUCCUAAAGGAACUAAUUAUUGGCGUAAUCGUAUACUUAAAGUUGCUCAAAAUUAUAAAGAUGAAAUAACGUUUGCCGUUUCGAAUGCUCAACAAUUCGCUGGCGAAUUAGAAGAAUUUGGUGCUGAACCACCACGUGAUCGUGAUGCUACACCAGUUGUAACUGCACGUAAUGAGAAAGGUGAAAAAUAUAAAAUGGAAGAUAAAUUUUCGGUUGAUAGUUUGGAAAAAUUUGUUGAAGAUUUCCGUGGCGGAAAAUUGGAACCAUUUUUAAAAUCUGAACCAUUGCCCGAUAAUGAAAAUGCCGGUGUUAAGACAGCUGUUGCCAAAAAUAUUCAAGAAUUAGUCAUCAACACUGAUAAAGAUGUUCUUAUCGAAUUCUAUGCACCAUGGUGUGGUCAUUGUAAAAAUUUAGCCCCAACAUAUGAAGAUCUUGGUCAAGCUAUGAAAGAUGAACCAAAUGUUUUAGUUGUUAAAAUGGAUGCUACAGCUAAUGAUGUUCCACCAGAAUUUACUGUUCAUGGAUUCCCAACUAUAUAUUGGUAUCCAAAAAGUAAAGUAGCACAGAAAUAUGAAGGUGGUCGUGAUCUACAAAACUUUAUCGAAUACAUUGCCAAACAUUCGACUGAAGAAUUAGUCGGUUAUGAUCGUCAAGGACAGAAAAAAUCUAAAGAAGAAUUGUAAUAAAAAAUAAUUACCAUUUAUUAUUAUUCAAACAGAAAAGAAAAUCUUUCAAACACACGAAUAUAUCUGAUUAUCACCAACAAUGACAUCCAUAAUUUUCUAAUUUUUCAGAAUUCUUUUUUUUCAAUCAUUUUUUAAAGAAAAAAAUUUAGUGCCUCUAUCACACAUUUAUGCAUAUGAUUAAUUUCUUUCGUUUUUUCCUUUCUUCAUGUGUUUUAAUUUUCUUUUUUUUUCUCAUUUCCAAAAUUCCAUGAAAAAAUUCCGUAACAUGAUUUGAUCUGA